GGCAAGUCAAGAGGGGAGAGAUGGGAGUUAAAACGAAAAAGAUGGUAAUGCCAAUGCCUUGUGGUCCUCGGAAGCUAAAAAUAGAGAGGAAAAAGAACGCAAUAGAAGGAACCGACUCAACCCAUCUGUUUCAUAUCAUUCUUGCUGUACAGAGACGGGUGAAAAGCGUGAGAGAAGUGUGUGUGUGUGUGUGUGUAUGCAUGUAUUGUAUGUGGUUGGAGACGGUUUUAGCUUAAAAUCGCGUAGCGUGUGAGCAAAGCUCGCCAAAUCUAAUCAUCAUUCUUUAGAAUACGUUCCCCACAGCAGUUCCAGAUAUACAAUUAAGUGCCUCAACCUCGAUUCCAGCCUCAGCCUCAUCAGUCUUAAGAAAGGGUUUGUACAAAUGGAGCGGGAGAAGCUUUAUAAUAAGAGAGCAAGGGAAGAUGAUCAUCAUGAGCACCAUCAAGAUUGUUCCAAUAAGAAUUCGGCAAAGAAGCAAGAUCUCAAGGGUAGUGACUUCAGAGAGACCAACGAUGAGAUCAGUAAUAUGAAGAAGUUAGAUUCUUCCAUUGCAUUAGAUGUCGGGGUAUUCGAUUUCCCAUGGCUGAAAGAUGGUAUGAUCUCCAAAUCAGAGGACUGGAGAUUCGAGGAUGCCUUCUCUUCAUCACUGAUCCCCCAUGACAACUCCACGACCACUGCUGCUAUUGAAUUUUCGGGGCAAUGUCUGUGUCGGACGCCAGAGGAAGUCCCAUAUCUUCCCGAGAACAAGUUUGAUGAUAGUUUAUGUUGGGCGGUACCCGAAGGUGAUGGGUUGGAAACUGAAGGUUUGGAUUGCAUUUGGAGCUCUCUACUCAGUCAGCCGCUUCAACAGGGUGGUGGUAUCUGAAAAUAUGCCUUCAAAUGCCAUUAGAAACCUAUAGCUCCUCCUCGCAUUCAUGUCAGAUGGAGCUCACACUGUGAUGAUGAAUUGUAUGUAUGCUGGCAUGGCAAAACUUUAAAACCUUCCUUCUGAUGUUGAUCCUUUUUCCUUUUUACCACCUUUCAUGGGUGCUCGCUCUUUCUUGGCAUACAUUCACCAUUUUGUUACUACACUUCUCCUGUUUGGUAGCUGGUA